AUGGCCAUGCUCGACGUCCUCAACAAGCCAAUGUUCGCCAGCCGUUUCAAGCUGCCUCUCCACAUAGUCGCUGGUAUCCUCGUAGUCAUCGUUAUCGGUCUCUCCGUACCACGACUGUUUAUGAAGAACCAGCCACGGACCCGAGCCGGCACUAUCGCCCUCGGAAUGGGAGCCAAGUCUCUCAUUCUUUUCACCUAUAUGCUCGCAGCGGAACACAUCCAAAAAUUCAAGAGAUGGCACAGCUACAAAGCCAACGUCAUCAUCAGCUGUCUCGAGAUCGUCUUCUGGGGCGCCGUCGCAUUCCUCGGCUUCCAGAGCAACCUAAAGAGAUGCGAAGGUGUGACGUGCUACCUCAGCUGGGUCACAGUCGGCAUUGCUGUUUUCAUCAACCACCUCGAGAUCUAUGCCUCAGCAAUUGCGAUCCGAGAGUUCCGCGACUACCGAAAGAUGCGCGAUGGUGUGCCUCUGUCGUCCGUUAUGAGCCGUGGGGCUGAUGAAGAGGAGAUGGUGCAGAGGUUACCCCCGGCACCGGAGAUGGCGUAUCAUGGACGCCAUGAGCACCGCCAUUCCCAGCCUCCGAGAUACCAUAAGCAGGUUGUUCUUGGCAAGUAA